AUGGGACAAAAUAUUCAAACCUGCGUAGAUUGCAGCAAACUCCCAGUAAUACUUGAUGGUCCAGGAGAAGAAAUUUCUACACAUGAAGGACAGGCUAAUCUAUCCCAAAGUAUCCGAGUUGAUUUUUCUCAAGAAAAUAAAAGCAAGCCAUCAUCACAAAACCCAGAAAUCACAUUUUUAGAUAUUUUAAAAGGGACUAAAAUAGGCCAAAUAAGGCAAACCACCACAACAGAUACAUGUCAAACAGAGAAAAAAUCAUUUGAAUGCAAAAAGAGCAAAUAUCGCUCUAAGGCCAAUAAAGAAAACCGAUCUUCAAUAGAUCAAAGCAGAAUUGAUGCAAUAAAAAGGGCGAAAUACACAAAAGAUGUAACCCCAAUUUUAAGAAGUCCAGGAUUUAUAGAGCUUAAUCUUACAAAUGUCCUAGAUAUUGAAGAAUUGCGAAGUGAGCUGAACUCAAGUAUAACAGUUCAGACGUCUUCGAAUUUCCAAUCAAAUCCCCAAAGUCCAAGCUUUUUUGGAGUUUUAGACUUAGACUCUACAAACUCUUAUCUCAAAGGAAUUUCCAGCAACAUUUCCAAAGAAUCAGUCAACCUUGUUGAAAGAAUUCGCAGCAAAACUAUCAGUCAAUAA